AAUUUCUUGCUUGCUGCUCAAAAAAAGAAAAAAAAAUUCUUGCUUGCUCAACAAUCUCGCUCCGUUUCAACGGAUAUAUAUUUGUUUAGCGAAGAAAACGGUGUUGAUGAAUUAGCGGAACUCAAAACCCAGAACUUAGCUAUAUUUUAGGACCGUGUUGAGAUCCGCCAUGAACAAUGAGUGAGUGAGUGAGUGAGUGAUAGAGAGUGUAAUCAAGAUCAUUACGCGAGCUCAAUCAAUCACACAGAGAUCAAAAUGGGAAGAUCCACUGCAUCUUGCUUCAAGAUCAUUACCUGUAGCAGCGAUGCCGUCGAUGAAGACGAUGAUAUCGAAGCUUCUGAGAGCAAGGGUUCAAGUGACAAACGUGGAUGGAGUUUUCGGAAGAGAUCUGCCAGGCAUCGAGUGCUAAGCAACAUUGUAAUUUCUGAAAUGCCUUCUUCUUUGAAUAAGGAUGGCCCAGAAACUGCUAUUGUCAACUUAGAAACUCAACCCAACACGGCUUUUCAAGAGAAAACUUCUGCAAUGGGAUGGACAGAUGAGAAACCCCGAUUGUCGACUUCAGCGAAUUUGAAAGUGUCUGAUACCAGAGUUGCUACAGAGAAUGACACAAUGCAUGAUGUAGACCCAGAUGAAUCUGUUAUAGUUAUCAUCCAGGCUGCGAUCAGAGGAUUUUUGGCUCAGAGAGAAUUGCUGAAGCUUAAGAACGUAGUUAAGUUGCAAGCUGCUGUACGUGGGCAUUUGGUUCGGAGGCAAGCUGUGGGAACUCUACACUGUCUUCAAGCCAUAGUCAAAAUGCAAACCCUUGUUCGUGCUCGUCAAGCUCGCGUUUCUUCUGACGGGAAACUAGAUGGGAAUCAUGUGAAGGACGAUCACAAUUCAAAGCUCUUGGAAAAGGGAGACUUACUAGCCAAACCAAAUGUAAGGUACACUUCCAUUGAGAAGCUGCUUAAGAACAAGUUUGCUCAUCAGCUACUGGAGUCAACACCAAGGACCAAACAUAUCCACAUUAAGUGUGAUCCUUCUAGAUCUGAUUCAUCUUGGAAAUGGUUGGAGAGGUGGAUGUCUGUUUCAUCAAUGGGAGUUGAACAGCCACAGAAACCAGGGUUAAGAAUGCAGCAACAUGAGGAGGACAAGGAUGAGUGUUCUGGCUGUGAAGUGGAAACUGAAUUUCCAUCUGGAGAUAGUGAGUCAACAGAUUUGAAGGCCACUAUCAGGGAAAAAGUAGUGCCUUCUAAAGGCGAAGAUACUUUGAUGACUUAUGAUGCUGACAAUGUUGCCGUUCAAGCAUGUGAACCAGCCUCAUCUACUAUAAGUGAUAAUCUGGAGCUGCCUCAGCCUGAGAAUUCAGGCACAUCAAAUUUAAAAGAGUCAUUGGAUUUGCUUCCUAAUCAAACUAAGCAAUCAGAUUCGAUUUCUCAGAUGGAGCUCAAAUCUAAUACUAGCAAGCCUGAAAUGGAGAAUGAACAUUCUGCAUGUUCUGUGAAAAGUCUUGCUUCCGAACAAGUGGAGACUGAGGGAAAGAAGUUUGUGUUUGGAAUGAGAAAAGCAACUAACCCUGCAUUUAUUGCUGUUAAGUCGAAAUUUGAAGAGCUGAGCUCAACUGCUAAUUUUGCAAGAUCAACCAGUACCUACAGUCAAGAUGUUGGAGUCGAAUCAAACUCGGAUGCAGUUUCAUAUGCCAUGGACAAUGCAGUCAGGACAAUGGAGAUUGGCCUGGCAGAGAACUCGGUUUUGCAUACCUCAAGGGUUAAAGUUGGUGGCUCUGAAUGUGGGACAGAACUUUCUAUUACUUCCACUCUUGAUUCCCCAGAAAGUUCUGAGAUUGGAGCUACGGGUGUUGAGCAGGAAGCCAUACUUUUUGAGAAAGGGAAUAGCAAUGUCAGUACCCUGGAUAUUGAAGCCAAUGGUGUGACUACCAUCCCAGGAUCCGAUUCAGCCUAUUCCAUCUUGGUGCAGCCAGAGAAACUUGAUGAUGUUAAUGGUGCUAAUGGCAAACCUGUCAUUUCUGUUACAGCUGUAGAUUCCUUACAGGAACAGCCGAAUGUACAAAUCAAGUUGGGUUCAGAGACGGGUCAUAAAAUGUACAAGUCAUCACCAGAAGCAUCUCCAAGAAGCCAUAUGACAGUCCCUGAAUUCCAGGUAACACCUUCUAGUCAGGUAUCCGUGAAAACUGAGAGGACUAAAAGUGAAAGAGGUUCAACUAACCAGAAACGUAGGUCUAACCAUGAUUCUGUCACAAGGAGCAGUUUGGAACAGUUACCUAAAGAGAAUAAAACUGGGAAGCGACGCAAUUCUUUUGGUUCAGGGAGACCUGAUUAUGUUGAUCAGGAACCAAGAGAUAGUAAUAGUAGUAAUUCUCUCCCAAGUUACAUGCAAGCGACAGAAUCUGCAAGAGCCAAAGCUCUUGCAACUAGCUCCCCGAGAUCAAGUCCAGAUGUGCAAGACAAGGACAUUUACAUUAAGAAGAGACAUUCCUUGCCUGCUUCAAAUGGAAGGCAGGGAUCUCCUCGUAUCCAGCGAUCUACGUCUCAGGCACAGCAGGGUGCUAAGGGAAAUGGUCAUCUUCAUGAUAGAAAGUGGCAAAGGUGAAGAGUAGCUGUUUAAUUUUGAUUAUCGGCACAGGCAUGCCUCGGAUUCAGGUUUGCUGGUGGAGAAUGUAGAGAAUGAAGUGAAAUUUUAUGUGAAGUGGUGAACUACCAUCUUAUUAUUUUUUAUUUGAUUAUGAAGAAAUCUGUUUUGGAGGUUUGCUUGUAUUUUUGUCCGAUAGUAUAUGCGACUUUGUUUAAGGUUUGUUUUAAGAUGGUUUUGGUGCUUAUUAACUUUUGAAAUAUUGAGUUAUAAGUUCGAGACAAGAAUGAUAUUUAUUUUAUUUUAUUGUAGUUUUUAAAA